AUGCAAAUACAUUGUUCUUAUUCAUCAAAUUUUAUUAUUCGCAUUGAAUUUUCGUUCUAUACAAUUCCAUACGCAUCAAUAACCUAUCAAAAAAGAUUAUUCCAGUCAAUAAUAUGUGAAAGGAAAACAGUAAACAACAUAAGAAUUUCAAGCAAGAUCAUGGGUAAUAGCGAAGCGCGUGUCAAGCGAGGUAAAACACUCUCCGAUAGUGAUGUGACGGAACUAUCGAAUCUGUCGGGCUUCACCCCCCAACAAGUUCGCGAAUGGCAUUCAGGUUUCCUGAAAGACUGUCCAAGUGGAAGACUAAAUAAGAAGAAGUUUAUCGAAGUUUACAAGCAAUUCUAUCCGACUGGAAAAGCUGAAAAAUUUUGUGAAUACGUUUUUCGUACUUUUGAUACCGACGGUUCAGGCAAUAUAGAUUUUGGCGAAUUUCUAAUUGCCAUUUCGAUCACAGCUCAACAAGAUCCGAGAAAAAAAUUAGAAUGGGCCUUUUCCAUGUAUGAUAUUGAUCGUAAUGGAUAUAUCGAGAAAAAGGAAAUGAAGAAAAUUAUGGACGCUAUUUAUGAUCUUCUUGGCGAAGAAAAGAAAGGUUCGAAUUCACCGGAAAUUAAGGUCGAUCAAAUCUUUUCAAAGAUGGAUGUGAAUAGCGAUCAAAAAUUGUCGAAAGAUGAAUUUGUUACAGGCUGUUUACAAGAUGAUUAUUUACGCAAAUUACUUGCACCUUCAGCUUCUUGA